UUUUUUAGAAGCACCGAAUUAUGUCAUCUGAAAUGUUACCAGCUUUUAUUGAGACGUCUAAUGUUGAAAGGAAGCAAAACUUAAAUGAAGAUAUAGAGGAGAGUCAGAAGCUAAAGUCCGGUGAAAGGUUCGAACCCAUGUCUAAACGACAGAUGAAGAAGCUAAUAAAACAAAAACAAUGGGAAGAACAACGAGAGCUCCGCAAACAAAAGCGAAAAGAAAAACGUAAGAGAAAGAAGUUAGAGCGACAGUGUCAACUGGAAUCAAACUCUGAUGGAAAUGACAGAAAACGUGUUAGAAGAGAUGUUGUUCGUAGCACACUCCGCCUUAUUGUUGACUGUAGUUUUGACGACUUGAUGCUAUUAAAGGACGUUAAGAAACUUCAUAAGCAGAUUCAGCGAUGUUAUGCAGAAAACCGACGAGCCUUGCAUCCUGUGCAGUUUUACUUGACCAGCCAUGGAGGGCAGCUGAAAAAAAACAUGGAUGAAAAUGACAAAGGAUGGGUAAAUUGGAAGGAUAUCCAUAUCAAGCCCGAGCACUAUACUGAACUUAUAAAAAAAGAAGACCUGAUUUAUCUUACAUCAGAUUCUCCCAAUGUACUAAAGGAAUUAGAUGACUCGAAGGCCUAUGUGAUUGGAGGAUUAGUAGAUCACAAUCAUCACAAGGGACUCACAUAUAAACAAGCAUCAGAUUAUGGAAUUGAACAUGCACAGCUCCCCCUUGGAAAUUUUGUGAAGAUGAAUAGUCGAAAAGUUUUGGCAGUUAAUCAUGUGUUUGAGAUUAUUCUGGAAUACCUGGAAACAAGAGACUGGCAAGAGGCAUUUUUUACUAUUUUACCCCAGCGUAAAGGAGCUGUUCCCACAGAAAAAGCCUGUGAAAGUUCUUCGCAUGACAAGAAAUGUACCAAUUUUGAAGGUGGAUCGGACAGUGAUUGCAGUGAGGAGGAAUAUAGCAGAAAUGAACUAGAUUCAGCCCAUGAAGAAGAAAAGCCAGAUAAAGAAAAUAGCACAGACUCUACAGUGAACUCUGUACCACACUAA